AUGCUAAUAGCUCAGAGAGCCAGGGGCUCCUGGGAUCGACGGUUCAAGGGCAUUGUUCCGCACUGGUUAAAGCCUGUGGGAUUCAAGGAGGCUAAGGGUCACCAUGCCUUGAAUUUCCUCCACAAGAUAGGCUCUCCUAUAGUGCUCAAUAGGUUCACUGCAAAGCGAUUUGUUCCGCCUAUUCUUCUGGACACAGCAGCUGGUUGGUCCAAUUUUCCUGAGAGUUCAGGUGUUAGUGGGUCAGGCAGGCUGACGGGACCCCACCAACGCGAGGGCCACUCAACUUCAUCGCUCGACACGCAACUCAAACAGGCCUGUCAUGAGAUUUUAAAGUCCAGGAUAACAAUAUGCCCAUGUCAUCUGAGUCAUCUGCACGCUCUUCGAGUGGUAGGGUGCACGAGAGUGAUGUGCGGCCCACAGCCGAACAGGCAUGCAAGGAAUGCCGUCGCAGGAAUCUGUGCCUUGUGCCACAAGUUCAAGCGGCGAUGCAGCUAUGAAAAACAGACAAAGACGCCGCUUACCCGGCGCUACCUUAACGAGGUCGAGAGUGAACUGGUGCGCACCAAGGCGCUGCUUCAGCAGUUCAUGAACAACUCAAAGGAUGGUUCAAACGUGACCUUUGGGGCGCCAGCCGAAGAUAUGGGUCAAGUAUCUUGCGUGGUAGAUGCCGCCGGGUCUCAGCUCCUGAGCCAUCCGGAGUCAAGCGACCGGCGAACAAGGCCUCUGGGACCUCCGGCCAGUCCUGAAGUUCGCUCCGGACACCCAACCAGUCAAAGAGCAACCCAAGAGACCCGCACCGAUCAGCAACUUCAGUAUCGGUCAUCGGUCUCUGAAACCGGACCACAGACACUUUCCUGCCUAUCGCUGGAACCCCCUUCCUCUCCUACUAAUUUUGAGUGGGAUGAAAGAAAUGGGAACUCCAACGGCGAAAGGUUUGUCGAUGGCAUGGCCAGCUUGACGAGUGCACCCCAUGAGGGGGGCUAUCUAGGGGUUGCGUCAGGUGCUGCAUUAUUGCGCGCUACUGAUGCCGGAAUCAGUGGAACAACCGAGGUUUCGGGCUUGGAACAACAGUCCUGCAUCCCAAACGAUCAACCUCCGCGUAUUCCGUUUGCGCUGAGUUCCCUGGGCCAGCUGGAACCAUUUGUGGACGCCUACUUCUCUCUUUUCCAUCGGUCGUACCCGAUCAUACAUGAGGCAACCUUUAGAGCUCAGCUCAUGGAAGUGAUUCCCCGACCAGCUGGCAACGCCUGGCAGGUUUUGUUAUUCAUAGUGUCCGCCAUGGGAAUGUGGACAACGGCAACACAACCGACCGAUGCUGACCUUGGGCUGUUUGAAGCUGCGAAAGCACGGCUUUCUAUCGAUAUGCUAGAAACUGGAAACUUGGUCCUGGUGAGACGACGGGUUUGGCACUGCCUUUACAUCUUUGAUGUCGGUGCAAUUAUUACUUUCUCAAGACCAUUUGAUUUUCCAGACGAUGGAAUCGACGUGGCCCUCCCAAUGAACAUCCAUGAUCCGGAUUUUACACAAGCAACCAAAUCCCUGCCGAUGUCUGCCGAGGAAACAACUGUGUACACUCAUAUGCGUACCCAAGCCGCUUUCCACAUGGCGACUAGUAAGAUUUACUCUAAGAUAAUUUCAUCUCCAUUUCCUUCUGCAUCAGACUUGCUAGAUAUGGAUGAAAAGCUUAUCGGAUGCUGGCUCUGUGACCUGCCUCCAUACUUCCGUGAAUCCGUUGUCCAAGAGCCCAGGCUUAUGGCACGUCCGGGACAAAGCACCACUCAGGACAACCAUGCCCAAGUCGAUGCCACCAUUCAGCGAUGCUUGGACGCAGCCCGCGAGUCUGUGGAGCUUAUAUCCAAUUUCUGGGCACAAGAGCAGCAUAACAUGAUGGCCUGCUGGUACGGAUUAUACUUCUUGUUCCAAGCCAUCCUUAUUCCUGUAAUCUGUCUUCGCAAUGAUCCACAGGGACCGCUGGCGACUGGAUGGCGUGAGCAGAUCCAUCGAGCCAUGAGCACCCUUGAUUCUAUGGCACUACUCAACCCCACUGCAUACAGGUGCCUGUCGGUCAUUCGAAGCCGAUGCGGGACUUAUCUUGACACUUCGACCGAGGGAUGGGGCCACCCGACGGAAGAGUCACCGCAAACACAAUUGGAACAUCUUUACCCAUUAAUGUGGCCAACGCUGGAGAUGGCCCAGCUUGAUGGGAUAGAUUCAGUUUUGUAA